AUGUCAUCAGAGUCUCCGAACCAGUACUACAGGGUCGGGGUCCUCCUGUUUCCCGGAAAUGAUAUCCUCGACUUUGCAGGUCCAAUCGAGGUCUUGUCUCAUGUCUCGCACAAUCGCAACCCAGAGGAGCCGGACAAAAUGUUCGAGAUCAAGACCAUCGCUAGCACUCAUACAACUCGUGCCGCGCAGGCACUCACUGUUCAGGCAGAGAUUCUCUUGCCAGACGCCAUCGACAAGAUCUCGGACUUCGAUAUACUGGUCAUCCCAGGUGGCCCACCGUCCGCUUUGCAGCUGCUUGUUGAGAACAAUGCACCAGAGUUGGAAUUGAUACGGAAGUUCGCAGCUCUACCUGGCGACAGAAUCUUGUUCUCAGUCUGCACCGGCGCCCAUCUCCUCGGUGCUGCGGGUGUACUCGCCGGAAUGACCGUGUCAACCCACCAUCGCGGUCUGGACUCUUUGCGUGAUAUUUGUGCUCGUUCCAAUGGCUCAGAUGAGCCUGCUACGGUUGUAACCCACCAGAGAUAUGUCGACGGGGGUACGCUGAAGAAGGGACGCGGUGUCAGACUCAUUACUUCUGGAGGGAUCAGCUCAGGCUUGGACGCAAGUUGCUAUAUUGUCAGCCAACUGGCGGGGCAUGACAUGGCGGCUUACCUAGCUCGAGUCAUGGAAUAUGAUUGGCGUGAGCUCAAAUGA